AUGGCUGACAACAAUGAUAGAGACAGAAAGAACAUUAUGCAAGGAGAUAAAUUUGGCAUCCUAAGGCGCUUAGGAUCAUUAAUUUGGAAGCCUAAAUACGACAUAGGUAGUGCUGUAGAGCUGAGAAAGGAGGAUUUCGGCACUGUUUAUCUUGUCAGACGUAAAGGCACAUCAGAGGUGGUAGAACUCAGGCAAAUAAUGAAGGUCCCAACCGACACGAAUACGCAAUCGGAUAAAGAACAAGACAAACAUCAGACACCGGGAGAAAUUGACGAUAAUAAAGGAGACAAUACUACAAGUGGGACUGAUGGGAAACCCAAGCACGUUCUCUCCAGAAGACUUCGCAGACCUGUGGAUAAGCAUGAUGCAAACAUACAAAAUGAGGUUGAUAUACUCAAGAUGUGUAAUUCUUCUAAAGACUCAAACAAGUCAUACAUUAUUAAGUUUCAUGAAUCCUUCGAGUCAGAUCGACAUUUCUACAUCGUAACUGAACACCUUGACCGGAAACCAGUACUCGACGAAUUAAUGAAACGAAGUACAUUAUACGAGAAAGACGUAAUUGCCGCCGCGAAGGACAUGCUUCAUGCUUUGAAAUUUGUGCAUGAACUAGGUAUUAUCCAGAGACACGUUACGCCAGAAGCGUUCAGGUAUCGAAAAGAGGAUGAUGGGUCGGAAGUAAGGCUCCGACUCGUCCUAGUGGACUUCAAAUAUGCUCAAUAUAAGGAUAGUCCCAAAGACUUACCUACACCACCUUGUAACAGAUACAGUGAUCCUAAGAUCGUCAGGGCCUGGAUCCAGGGUAAAAAGAAGAAAAAGGCAAGAGAUAUCGCGGGCAUCGAAGUUGAUGGUAAGAUGGAUGUCUGGGGGGUUGGUGUAAUAGUGCAUGUACUUCUGACGGGUCAUUACCCAUAUGUUGAUCAUGUGAAGAAACCGAAAGACGAAGGGAAGAGUAGCACCACCGACUCCGCCACGAAGAAGCCUAAAACUUAUUAUCACGAAAACGGCGAGGCUAUAAACAUCGACAAGACAUACCUAGUAAAUGUGGUAGACAAACAAGUCCAGUUUCUAUCAGAACACGAAUACUGGAGAGGUGUUUCUCCUAAAGCAAAAGAUUUUCUGCACUGCGUACACGACAAGGGUGAAAGUGGUGCAGAUAGUAGUGGUUUGCUCCACAGAAAAAAGCUGUUAAGGACGUCGAUAGUUAAUGCUCUUAACCAUUCGUGGCUUACGGAUUUCAAACCUAGCGAUAUAGACUUGCCAGGUUUACGGAUGCAAGCUGGGAGGAUAAAGAGGAAAAGUGAGGAGAGAAGGUACCGCAGACCUUUUAGGGUGGGAGAAGGGCCGGAGCGCAAAGAUGGGAACCAAGAGCAGCAUGACAUGGAAAUACAGCGAACAUCUUCGCACGGUCACCAGCAUGACUCUUCGCGACGCAAUAGCGACUUUUCGUUCAAGCAAUAUUCUAAGGGUGGUUCAGAGGAACUCGAAUUACAAAUGACAACACCCUUGGAUUCGCCGUCAUCGACGGCACCUGGAUCUCAAAAACGGCGAGAAAAAAGACGCGAUAAGCAUGACGAAAUUGCAAAGAAGCAACCAGAGAAGAAGAAGAAGGAUGAUGAGCAAAAGUUGACGCUCCCGUAUGGAAAUGAAAGGCGGAGACGGGACCUUGAUGAGAGUGGCUCAGGUGACCGUGGUGACCGUGGCGGGGGCUAUGCGCCAAUGUGA